AUGGCUUCAAACUCUUCCAGAGGCGCUGGACCUUCAGGAAUAGGUCGCGGUGGUCCUAAUGGUCGUGGAUCCGCAGCUCGUGGUAAUGGCGCGCUCGUCCAUAGACCAAGUCAUGGUCCAAUACCUGAAGGAUUUCGUGCAGUCUCCGUUGACGAGUACUUUCGUGCAAUGCUCGCAAGAGAUCCCUGGGUGCCUCAUGCUCUCGGUUCGGACGAGAAAAUCGGGAUUCGACGUGAAUGUGCCAAGCUUCUUGUAUCUUUCCUUCGGCAGGAAGCAUAUAUCAAGCAGCUCAGACUGCGGCCAGCAAGUGAUGCAACCGAACGCGAACGACAUAACAUUGAGAUACACGAAUGCGAGGCGAAUUCUGUCAAGACUUAUAUUUCCUACCAGCUUAUAUACUGGCGCACAUUCCGUCUCAACGAUCUACCGAUGGAAAUUCUCUCCAAUAUUAUCCGCUAUAUCGUCUGGUCUGCACCUUCACCUCCAAUCGGUAUCAGCUGGCGGUUACAGCUUACUUGGGUGUCCAGACAUCUUCGCCAUGCAGCCAUUUCGGAUUCAACUCUUUGGAACGCGAUUUGGUUCCGCGACGAUCCUCCGUUCGAGCGAUCACUGGCGUUUGUUGAGCGAUCGGGUAUCUCGCCCCUCGAUCUUCGUAUCAACGAUACUGAGACGCGCAAGUUCACAGACCAAGAAGUGUGCGCUCUAUUGAAAGCCCUCACCCCUCACCUUCAUCAUAUCCGCAUGCUCAUCAUUCUCCUCGAUAACUGGGAACCUAUUCUUUCUGUGCUCAAGUGGUUGAGUGAUCACGGGAAGAACGGAAACCCUCCUCUCAUGAUGGAACGUUUUGAGAUUCAUCGAACCGGAAACCCAUAUAUAUGGCCUGGCCUCGUCUAUAGAGGAGAAAGAUUCGACCCCGUAAAUCACGAUGUCUCUCUGUAUUCUCUUUUUGGAGGAAUAUAUAUUCCCGAACUUAAAUCUUUCACUAUGAAUGGCGUUUAUAUCGAUUGGGCGAACACACCUUCAUUAGAUAACCUGAACACGCUCGACCUUCGACGGAUUCCCCUCGAGCUGUGUCCCCCGUUACCGCGCUUCCGGCAGAUACUAGCCAGUUCUCCGAUGUUGACAAAACUUUCGUUGGACGGUGCUGGUCCAGCUGGUAAUCCUACGUCGACUCAGAACUACUCGGCCAUUGAUCUCCCUCAUCUCCAUACCCUCGUCCUCGCCAAUUUUGCAGCACCAUUCACCAGGAGUAUCGUCGCUCAUUUUACUGCACCAAAUGUCAAAGAUCUUACCAUUAUGAACUUCAGAGGUGAAAACUACGGUCCAUUUUACGAAUUCAUGAUUGGUCGUUUUCGGAACAUUAAGAUAUUAACGCUCUAUACCACCAACUGUCCUCCCGAUAUCCUGCCUACGGUGAUCAAAUGGCUGGACUCUAUGCCAUUGCUGACCUAUGCCCGUUUGGCUGCCCUCGAAUAUGACAUACUUCAGGCGUUCUUAUUUGAUCCAGACACUAUGCAAGCGCAUCCUGCUUUGCAACCGCAAAUGCGGACAUCUUUCGGAAUGGUAGAAGAAUUUACCUUCAAUGAGGUUACAGCGCCUUUACAGGAGGCACUAGACGAUGCAGAUAGGGAACCUCGUCUGCCUAAUCCUCGUCUGAAUAUUCUUGAGGUCCAAAACAUCCGUCCACAGAUUUUUGCAAAGUUCAUCGGUGCGCGGAAGAUUUGUGGUAUUCCGGUGAAGAAGACGUACAUUGCUAAAGCAAUGAUCUCGUCAUUUAAUGGCCCCCUCUUGGAAUACAUUAGACAGCAUAUUGAGGGCCUCAUGAUCGUUGAUGUUGGCGCAAAAACCCAAGAGGAGGAGGAAUUGCUUAAUGAACCGUGA